AUGAGGACAGCUGGGCCAGAAACGGAACUUGCCCCGCUAUCAUCCAUGUCUACAGUCACUUUCAACUAUGACUACUACUAUGAAGACCAGUGCCAGUACCAGCACCUGCAACAUAUGUCUACUUUCCUGCCUAUCCUUUAUAGUGCCGUGUUCCUGGUGGGCAUUAUUGGCAACUCAAUCCUGAUAGCAGCCUUGAUCUUCAAGCGGCGUGUCCAGAGGCUGAUUGACAUCUUUAUCAUCAACCUCGCUACAUCUGACUUCAUCUUCCUCAUCACACUGCCUUUCUGGGUGGACAUGGAGGUGUCAGACGAGACCUGGAGGGUAGGAUCUUUCCUGUGCAAAGCUAGUUCCUAUGUCAUCUCAGUCAACAUGUACUGCAGCAUCCUGCUCCUCACCUGCAUGAGUGCUGACCGGUACCUCGCAAUCAUGCACCCGUGUGUCGCACGACGGAUCAGGACAAGAUCCUAUUUUGGAGGACUCUGCAUCUCUGUCUGGGUAUUAUCCUGCUGCUUAGGGAUUCCAACCCUUUUGUCCAGAGAACUGAAGACUCAAUAUGGAAAGACUUACUGCACGGACAAAGCUGUGACAGAAGUCAAACAGAUCAUGUCACUGAUGCUUUUAAUCCUGGCCUUCUUCGUCCCACUGUUGAGUAUCUUAACCUUUUAUUGCUCCAUCACCAAGAAACUCUGUGUGCACUAUCAGAAGGCUGGAAAACGUGAUAAAAAGCUGAGAAAAUCCAUCAAGAUUGUCUUCAUUGUAGUGGCAGCUUUUGUUGUCUCCUGGGUUCCUUACAAUCUUUUCAAGCUUAUGGCCAUCCUUUUGCGGCUCCUGAAGCAGCCCAACUGCUUUUCUGGCACGGUUGCCCAGCUGGGCAUGAAGGUGAGCAGCCCUUUUGCUUUUGCCAAUAGCUGUGCCAACCCUUUCAUUUACUUUUGCUUUGACAGCUACAUCCGCAGAGCCAUGCUCCAGUGCCUGUGUCCACGGGUGAAAAUGAGCAGCAACAGCUCUGAUACCCUAGACACCCACCUGAGCCAUUCCUUAUCCAGUUUUGUGGCAGGGGAAUAUUCCACGAGGAAGAGGAAGCGCUCUGUGUCCCUCUGA